UUCACCGGAAAGCAAAUACACCGUUCCCCCGGACCCGUUCGAGCUUUGAGCUUUCGGUCUCGAUUUAAAGUCCGUUCGCAAAGAAACCGUCAAUAUUUGUCGACGACGUUUCAGUCGACGACGUUUCCGCGUUGUCGUUUGUCACGCUCCCGUUCAAUAUUUGGCUUUUCGCGGCUACCGCGGUGCUUUAUGCGACGAUCCACGUCACCGACGAAUAUUCCGCCGAACUUGUUGGAAUUGAAAAGUAUUUGCUCGGGGCUCGAGUGUGCUCACGAAUAAUUAGAAGGUUUGCGCGCUACGCGGGACGGGGACACUGUGAUAUACAAUUUUAACAACACUUUGCUUUUAAACACCGUGUCGUGGUCUCCGAGAACCAGUGGGUGACUAUCAAAAGAAUUCGAGUUGCUGGCAGAGGGCUUGGUCGACGAGCCGGGGCUACAGCGAACCGAGAGGACACGGAACCAGAUUUCGGAGCCGGACUGCACAAAUGUCACGGAUCGCCGCGAAAGCUGCUUAAACAGAGGUCGAUUGCGGCGGAUCCCCAAGGCGUCUCUCUGGAUCCGAGCGAACACAUUCGAAGAGUGGCGAUAGCGGCACACUGUGGGGGCUAAGGUGGCUGUCGCGGAGGCUGAAGCAGUGGCGAGGUUGGUGAAAAUCGGCGCCGGGAGCGGACGAUCCGGGCAGCGGUAGUGGUGGCGGAACGGCAGGGGUACUAUGGGAGCGGGGGUAUGGGGGGCGGAGGAGGGCUACAAGCCACGGACCUCCGGCGAAGGCUCGAGUCCCGGUGUUCAAGAAGCACUCUUCCCCAGAGCCCUCGUUCCUUAAGGCACGAUGGCUCCUGCUCGACCCGCAGGAAUACGCGCGACCAGGAAGAAAGGGUUGACUUGCAAGCGACCCUCGCUUCCGGUCAGCCCACGUGUACAGGUUCCCGGCCGUGCAGACGCCAAGAGGACGAAGAGAACGCAAACGAGAAAUAUGUGAGGCGCUCCAAAGGCGGAACCGGGCUGUUCGGUUCGCUGUACGGAAAGCUGCGGCUAUCCGUCGGAAGGAUCCUCAGCCAUGGAGCCGAGGAGGAGGAGGGCGGCAACGGUAGGAGGCAUCGACUUCGAUGGUGUCGCAGGGACUUCCGGUGGAUCGCAGACGUGGCGACGAGGACCCUUCUCAUCGGUAUCGUGCUUUUCGUCACGCCAGGUCUCUGUCACCAGGACGCGGUGCACAUUACGGCAAUCCUGGGGGAGAGCGUUGUCUUCAACUGUCACGUAGAGUUCCCCGGUGAGCACCCAGUGCCCUACGUUCUCCAAUGGGAGAAGAAGGUAGGCGACACGGGGCAGGAGAUACCGAUAUACAUAUGGUACGAGUCGUAUCCGACCCACAGUGGCGAUGGUUACGAAGGUCGAGUCUCGAGGGUGAGCCCGAAUUCACCGUUCGGCGUGGCGAGUCUCAACCUGACCGACAUCCGCGAGAGCGAUCAAGGAUGGUACGAGUGCAAGGUCGUCUUCCUCAACAGGUCGCCGAACAGUCACAAGAAUGGUACCUGGUUCCACCUGGACGUCCACGAUACGUUCGUGGCGUCGAGAACUGCACGAGAGGAUAAGAACGCGUGGUUUGUUUCCGCAGCACCGCCGAAGUUCAGCAUCACGCCAGAGGAGAUAAUCUACGUGAACGUGGGCGACGCGAUAAUAUUGAACUGCCAGGCGGAGGGCACGCCGACGCCGGAAAUCCUCUGGUACAAGGACGCGAAUCCGGUCGAGCCGUCGAGCACCAUCGGGAUAUUCAACGACGGCACCGAGCUCAGGAUCUCGACGAUCAAGAACGAGGACAUCGGGGAUUACACGUGCAUCGCGCGUAACGGCGAGGGCCAGAUCAGUCACACGGCCCGCGUUAUUAUCGCUGGCGGAGCAGUGAUCACAGUGCCACCCACGAACCAGACGAAGCUGGAGGGCGAGAAGGUGCAAUUCUCAUGCGAGGCGAAGGCUCUCCCAGGCAACGUAACCGUUCGCUGGUUCCGGGAGGGUGCACCGGUGACGGAGGUCUCUGCGCUGGACACGAGGGUGUCCAUCAAGACGGACGGCAGCCUCGUCAUCAAUCCCGUCAGCGCCGACGACUCUGGCCAAUACCUCUGCGAAGUAACGAACGGUAUCGGUGACCCGCAGAGCGCCAGCGCUUAUCUCAACGUGGAAUAUCCGGCGAAGGUCACGUUCACCCCGACAGUCCAGUACCUGCCGUUCCGUUUGGCGGGGGUGGUGCAGUGUUACAUAAAAGCGAACCCGCCCCUUCAGUACGUGACCUGGACGAAGGACAAGCGGCUGCUCGAACCUUAUCAGACGAAGGAUACGGUUAUCAUGAACAAUGGCUCGCUGUUGUUCACGCGCGUCAACGAGAAUCACCAAGGCAGAUACACCUGCACGCCUUACAACGCGCAGGGCACGCAGGGCAGCUCCGGCCCGAUGGAGGUCCUCGUGCGAAAUCCACCUGUGUUCACCCUCGAGCCAGAACCAAUUUAUCAGAAGAAGGUCGGCGAAACCAUCGAGAUGCACUGCGACGCUCAAGAGGCCGAGGGCACUCAAAAACCCACCCUUCAAUGGCACAGGAGGAACGGCAUGUCCAUACAGCGCAAUCGGGCGAAGAUCGUCGGCGGGAAUUUAACGAUCGAGAGCCUGCGACGCUCGGACUUUGGGUUCUACCAAUGCAUCGCGUCCAACGAGGUGGCCACCAUUUCCGCCUCCACGCAGCUGAUCGUCGAGGGCACGCAACCCCACGCGCCCUACAACGUCACUGGGGCCGCCACGGAAUUCUCGGUGACGCUCACCUGGCUGCCAGGGUACUCCGGUGGCCCGGACUACAAGCAGGAUUACACUAUCUGGCACAGGGAAGCGGGAACGUCGGAAUGGGAAACGAUUCCAGUGACUCCUUCGGGCAGCACAACGGUGACGAUCAACAGACUGACGCCAGGUACGCUGUACGAGUUCCAAGUAAUUGGGAAGAAUGCCUUGGGCGAUGGGAUGAUGAGCAAACCCAUUACCAUCAGGACGCUUGACAUCUUAGAUUAUAACACUCUCGUAUUACCGACCGAUUCCACUGGCAACACACUGUUCCCGCCAAUCACUCGUCCGAAAGGACCGAAGCCAGGUCCGCCCAGGAACCUCACGGUGACGGAGAUCAGCAACGGUUUCUUAUUGACCUGGCAAGCACCAUUGAAGUUCGAGCACCUCAUUAAAUUCUACACCAUCAAAUACAAAACGGACGGACCCUGGAAAACGCUCAACAAGGGACAAAUCCGACCCGACGAAACCAGCUAUUUGGUGAAGAAUCUGGUCGGUGGUAGGACCUACUAUUUCCAAGUGUUCGCGAAUUCGGCGACAAAUUACGGCGCCAGCGAGCUGGUGAAAUUCCCGGUGCCGGCUCGCGUGAAGCACAAGGCGAUCACCGCGGGCGUCGUCGGUGGUAUACUCUUCUUUAUCGUCGCCAUCAUCCUCAGCAUAUGCGCGGUGAAGAUUUGCAAUAAGCGGAAGAGACGAAAACAGGAGAAAGAACUGCUUUCAGCGUAUAGUAUGGUGGCCUGCCGGGUCACCGAAGCCAGGAACGGCGCAGGGCAGGGGCCCCAGGGAACAGUGCCUUUGAAAAAACCUAGAAAAAGCCGAGUACCAGGUCUAAAUCUCCUGCGGGAGAUCCUGACCCCGGACACGCCGGACUCGUGUCGCGGUCGGCCGCUGGGUAAGAUCUCGCGCGCGGCCGACGGCCGUUUCGUCGUGGCGGACUCGGUGGUCAGCUCGGCGAACAACAGCAUCCUGGACGCGUCCAGCAGCGACGACGGCGGUUUUCUACCCAAGCAGCGUCUCAAGUCCUCCUGGCGGCGGCCGCUGGUCGGCACCAGCCAGCUGAGCCUCAGGUCCGACGGUAGCGGCGUGUCCAUCAACGGCGGUCUACCCUCGAUCCAUCAUCUGGCGACGGUGAACUCGCUGGCGAGGAUCGCGCCGGCCAUCUGCACGAUAUCCUCGCCCAGGUUCCUGGCCAGCUCGCCUACGGGUCCCCAGGUGCCAUGGACGCCCCUUUACUUCAGCGAUCUCAGCUCCGUGAGGCAGCCGUCGUCUGGCGAACGUUCCUUCCCGACGCCGCCCGAUUACCUUCAGCUGCGCACCAUGCACCAGCGAUACAGCCAGGAACUGCCCUCGCUGAAGGCCAUCCACGCGGAGUCCAGGAGGUUCGUGCCCGUGCAGCCGCUGGCCACGUCCUCGCCGCCUCAGCCCGCGGGUAGGCCGAGGGCGAGGCUGCCCCCCCGGCACGCCAGGCACGCGAGAUCCGCGCCGGAGCUGGCCGCUUCGCCCGACCUCGAGACCUCGCCCGAGAGCAGAUCCAGCAGCUCCGGUUUCGGCAGCAAGAACACCUCGCAGCAGAACCAGAGUUCGAGGAGCGGCAGCACGGUGGCCGAGUGGCGACCGCCUCCGUACAGGCCACCGCCCCCGCCUCUGGUGGGCAGAUGGCUGGAGCUGCAGGACCAGGCCAAGGUAGGGCACACGCACAUUCAGACGACCGUGGACGCGGGCAGCGUCGACGGCCACUACGAGUUCGAUCCCGUGUCCUGCACCCCGACGCCCACCUCCGCCUCCACCCCCACCAGAGAGGAGAGGCCACCCGUACACCAGAUCCACACCAUCCACGUGCCCCACAUACACCAGGUGCACACGGUACACCAUCAGCCCACCAGGUACACCAGGGACAACAUCGAGGCCAGGGUGCAGGCGAUGAAGGCGGAGUUCCAUCAGUUCCGGCAACGACAGGCGAGGAGGCGGCAGAGCGCUCACCUGGAAAGUGCCUGUUGACGGCACCUGGAACCUGGUACCAGGCUCUACAGGCAUCCUUGGAUCCCCCAUAGCUCGUUGUCCACCUCAGGUUAGCGAAAGUUGAGGAAACACGGACGGUUGUAUAUCCGUUCGUCGAGGCAGACGAGAAGAGAUUUCGUGGGCUAGCGGGAGGCGCAGAAGUCCGAAGGAGAACCCAAGAAACCCCCCGGCUGUGACGCAAAUUUACCUACGCGAAAGCGAUCCCGAGCGGGCGUCGAUCAUCGAAUCCGGAGACCAACCGUUUUGAAGCACAACGAGGAUCAUCUCGAGCGAUUCCACUGUAGGCAACUUCAAGUCAAUUCCACUGGGCAACCAUCUUUACGAAAACGCUCGCCAGAGGCUCAGGAUACCAUAAAUCCCGCGAGCACCGACGCGGUAGAACUAUUGUACGUUUGUAAGCGGACGAGAAAAGAACGUCGGAGGUCUGAUCCGUUGCUGACACUCGAGGCGAGUCGAACUUCCUCCGGGUAAUCGACGUUCCCAUAGGAAUCUCGGCCACGGCGGACGCGCACCGACUUUUAGCGAUACCGUAUUCGUGAAUAGUAGAGGGAAAAUACUAACGAGAGAACCGAUGGUAAACGAACGGAGGAAGUUCGCUCGAUACGACGUCGGUGGACGGGGUUCCGAAACGAGAAGUGCGAUGAGAAUUCUAUAUUCGAGCAGAAACGGUAAGACGCGACGGCAUGAUACUCCAAAGAAACUGUACCGUGCUCCGUAAUACCAUUAACGAAAUGAAUUAAUGAAAAAAAAAUAAGUAAAUAAAAUAAACGACACGUAAGGUUAACCGUAAUCGUACACUGUAAGUGAUAAUUAACGAAAAAAGAUGAAAAAAAAAAAAUGAAUGCGAAAGCGAAGCAACAAAAAAAUAAAACACGUAAGAUAAUCGAAGAAUUACUACACGCGUAUACACACGUACAUGCAUACACGUACACUCACACACACACAUAGACACACACACACACACAGGAGAAACUAAUAAACAAAAAAAAGUAAUUAUAUCGAUGAGCAAAACGGACUCGUGAAACGUGAUAUUAGGCCGAAGCUUGCCUCGAGAUUGCUUAAGGACUCACUCGUACUGCACUGCCUGUUUAGGGUUUCGCUAGCGACCCAACAUAUUAUCGGCACAAUAAUUUUUCUUAAGCAACGUAAACGUGAAAAAAAAAAAAUAAAUAAAUAAAUAAAACUAAUGUAAUGUUCUUUGAAAAAAAAUCUACGCGCGCUCUCGGCCGGCCACGAGGCUCGCGUACCACGCGCGUGCACGCCCACACGUGAACAUCUCGAAUCCGCUCGCCCCGUCUUUUCUACGUGUACAUAUAUAACCGUGUACAUAUACAUCGCGCCAUCGGGCCUCUUUUGCCCGGCGAGCCUCGACUCGCCAAUACGCGAAAACGCGCGUCGACGACGUUCCGUCGUGACGACGGAAACAGGGGACACGUCUCUUCGACAUCGCGGGCCCAAGAGGUCCUAACCCCCCACCUACUCGAACCACGAAUAACACACGCGAUAACGUGCACUCGCGUCGGGAGCAUCGCCGAUCGGCCCUGGUACGUGCAAUUUAGGGGAAAGAAUUUAAAGAGUUACACGCGCGCACGGCGCCCCCUCGAUUCUCCUGCGCCGCCAUUUUCUACGCGCCUCGAAUAUUAAAUUUCUCUUCGAUUCGAGGAUACUCGAUUUUUGCUUCUUUUUUACGAUGUUUGAAAUCGGUAAUCGAUGUUUAAGCGUUCGGUAAUUUUACUCGGAGGAUUGCAAACGCCAGUAAUUACAGUUUUAACCCUUUGCACUACGAAUUAUGUUUCAAUUUUGUCACCAGCAACUUUUCAGUGUUUUGAAUUUUCUAUUUUCUAUUAUUAUUGAGAAAAAGCUUCUUUUUCUAAAUUUUUCCACGUGGAAAAUGGCGUCUAGAUGUUCGAAGCGUAUCGUAGCGAUUGAUGAGAGAAUCGAGCGCGCGCAGGCAACACAUGGGACACGUAAACCGACACGACACGCACACUAAAUACGGAGAGAACGAAAGAGAGCCAAGGCACAUACGGUCGAGUACAAGACACCGCGAUACACGCGCAUACACGAAAGGCGUUCUUCGAGACCCACCUAAUUCUCACCAAAACGCAUUGUAUUAAAUCAUCAUCGGAGUCGAGGGUACGAAGGUCGAGGUCCGCAGAGCGUUCGAUGGUGAUAUACGGGCUAACUUACGAUCGACGUAGAAUCGAACGCGACCUAAACCGACGAUCGUUGGUACCUUUCAAGACGUUCCGCGGGAACGGUGCCCGGAAGUUGCUUCUUCAUCUUCCGUUGCGCUCUAAUUUUUUUGUUCUGGCGUUCACCGAAGGGAUCUAGAGGGACGAUCGAACGCUCUCGGGCCGCGACGACGCGCGACCAUUUCCGCCCUCGACGUCUCGGCGUGUUUCACAUGAUUUUUUGUUCUCUUUCUUUUUUUUUAUAGUACAAACACUUAUUUAUACGUACGUAUUAUACAUAAUUAUAUUAUAUAAAUAUUAGCAAGGGCCCUACUCACGAUUCAACUAUACUUCGGCGCACCGUUAACGAAAACCAACGUUGCGAACGACGCGGACGCUCCAUAAUUUUUCCGUUACAAAUGUACAGUGAAUCGCGAAAUUAUUAGGGCCGGUGACAGUUCGAUAGAGACCAGCCCUGGGGGCUUUGAUAUUCUUUUUUUUUUUUUUUUUAGAAGAUAUACGAACGAGGAUAUUCCAAGGCCCAUUUUCCAAAUAUAAAACGGUGUUUAACCUUUCAGGGUCUAUUUUUCGAUGAGAGAAACGUCAAGGGUUGAUUUAUAUUUCGAAUCUAUCGGAUUGUCGGCCGUGCCAAUAAUUUGCCGUUCUGCAUCCGAAUGCGCGCGCGCGACUGUGUGUAUGCGUGUAAGAUUGCGUGAGUGCGUGAGAGGCGAGAGACUGAGACGAACGAUAGAAACGGGAGUUUCGGAGCGUAAGAGACAGGCGGAACGACGCGAACGAGAGACGAAGCGAGGAAUAAUGCACGCGCGCGUGUGACUGACGUUGGAAAGACGCGGGCAGAAACCGCGCGAACCAACGACGAACGCGUGACAUGCUCGCGAUUAUGCUCGGUGAGAGAGAGAAAGAGAGAGAGGGAGAGAGAUGGAGCAACGAUACGGAAAGAAGUAAAUGAAAUAACAAAACGAAAAAAAAAAAAAAAAAAAUAAAUAAAAAAACGGAGGCGACGCGAAAGAG